GAAGAUACCGACUGUUUAAAGGCAAGCUGAUUAGUGAUAACAUACCGCAGAUAAAAUUGACCUUGCGUCUGACUCGGACGUUCAAAAUUAUUUGAAAUCUUUUAAACAUGCCGAAUAUCAAGGUAUUCAGCGGGUCUUCUCAUGUGGAUCUCGCGCAAAAGGUUGUUGAUCGCUUGGGAAUUGAUUUGGGAAAGGUUGUGCUUAAGAAAUUUAGCAACCAAGAGACAAGUGUUGAAAUCGGGGAGUCUGUUCGUGGUGAAGAUGUGUAUAUCAUUCAGAGUGGGUGCGGGGAAGUCAACGAUAACUUGAUGGAGUUGCUGAUCAUGAUUAAUGCUUGCAAAAUUGCUUCUGCUUCACGAGUCACUGCUGUCAUUCCUUGUUUCCCUUAUGCAAGACAGGACAAGAAAGAUAAGAGUCGAGCUCCAAUUUCAGCCAAACUUGUUGCAAACAUGCUUUCGGUGUCCGGUGCAGACCACAUUAUUACAAUGGAUUUGCAUGCUUCACAAAUACAGGGAUUUUUUGAUAUCCCUGUAGAUAACUUGUAUGCUGAGCCAGCUGUUUUGAAAUGGAUUCGUGAGAACAUACCAGAGUGGCGCAAUAGUUGCAUUGUUUCCCCAGAUGCUGGUGGAGCAAAAAGAGUUACAUCAAUAGCUGAUCGUUUGAAUGUAGAAUUCGCCCUGAUCCACAAAGAGAGGAAGAAAGCCAAUGAAGUCGCUUCCAUGGUUUUGGUGGGGGAUGUGAAAGACAGAGUUGCAAUAUUGGUGGAUGACAUGGCUGACACUUGUGGAACCAUCUGCCAUGCUGCUGAGAAACUGAUGGAAGCUGGUGCAUGCAAGGUAUAUGCUAUAUUAACUCAUGGUAUUUUUUCUGGCCCUGCAAUAUCUCGAAUAAACAAUGCCUGCUUUGAAGCAGUUGUGGUCACCAAUACUAUUCCCCAAGAACAACAUAUGAAAGAGUGUCCCAAAAUACAGUGCAUCGAUGUCUCGAUGAUCCUGGCAGAAGCCAUUCGCCGCACUCACAACGGAGAAUCUGUCUCGUACCUCUUCAGUAACGUCCCCAUGUAGACACUUGGCAUUCCAUCCCUACUAACCAAGGCUCUCCAUUCCACUUCGCAUGUUGCAACAUGUGCCAUAAAUUUACUAGAUAUCUUUUCUAUGAUGUGUAAAUUUGCAAUGAUCUAUAUUUUGUCAAGAUGAGAGUGUUUUCUUAGCUCUAGAACAUGCAUGUAAUAACUGCAUGCACCAGUGGGAAGCAUGGCUAUUUUUAGAGUUGAUUUUCUCCCUCUUGCAUAAUAUAUAUUUUAAUACAGGGUUCACAAAAGGGGGGGAAAUGUAUCUAUACUGUCUUAAUAAACUUGGCUUUUCUACACAAAACGUUAAAUAAACAUUAAAAGUAGAUUUUGUUUUCAAAUAAAUAAUUCUUUUUUGUUAAUAUUUUUUAAAAGAAGUUAUUAAAAACAGUUUUUUUUUUCCUUUUCUUUAUUUAUGUUUCCAGUUAGUAAAUAGAUUGUAUAGAAAUAUUUUUUUAAAGAAAAAGUUUUUCCCAAUCUUCAAAAAUCUGUUUCAGAUAUGCUGCUAAAUCUAAGCUUUUUUGAAACUGAGACCAUUUUCAAUUUUAAUCCUAUCUACUUUUUAAGAAUUAAGAUAUAAUUUUAUAUUUUUUACAAAGCCGGUUGUAAUAAUUUAAUUUUGUAUUAUAUAAUUAUUCGUUUUUCAAGCAUUAAUGUUAAAAGUGAUUUGAUUUCUGUUUUGUUUAAAAUAAUACCUGUAUAUUAAUCAAAAAUAGUGAUACACACAAUUAAAUACAAAUAAUUAUUUAGCAAGCUUUGUAACCUAACUUUAUAUACAUAUAUAUAUAUAUAUAUAAUCUUCUUGAUAAUAGUUACACAAGAACAAACUGAUUUUAUGUGAUAAUUCUCCUUGAAGUUGUGUUAUCUUUGUUUUAAAAGUAUUUAACUAUCAAUGUUUUAUAUGUGGCUCCUUUUUGAUAAUUUUUUAAAACUUCUUUUAUAAAAAAAAUGUUUUCUUUGUCCUCAAUUGUAGUGCUUGGGGACGUUUCUCAAUUUUAUAGUGAAGCUAUCCGUAGAAUACACAAUUGUGAACCAUUGGGACCUAUUCUUAGUGAUGUGCCAUAUUAAUAUUGAAAAUGAAAAGUAUGGCACUGAAAAAAAAAAAGAAAAACAUUUGUUCCAUAGAAGUUGGAAAUACUUUGGAUACAUUCAAAUGAAAUGUGCGGAAUAUGCUGAUUAUUGUGUCUGAAAACUGUGUGCUGAAACUUCAUAAUUAUUUCAUUUAUAUAGGAAAUAAUGUAAGUCAUAAUAGAGCUAUAUUUUACAGUUAGAUUUUAAGAGUUUAUAUUCUGUAUGCUUUUUUUUUUUACUUCACAUUAUUUGAAAACACUGUAAAAUCUUGAACACUAUUUCAAUUUUUUUUUUUUUUUUUGUCUGAUUAAUAGUUUUAAACAAAGAACCAUUCUUUAAUUUUAGAAACUUCUUUUUUUUUUUUUUCUUUUCUUUUCUUUCUUGAUUAGCUUAAUAUUGGAUUUCCACUACUUGCUGACAUUAUUGGUUCUGUAAACAAAAUCAAAGUUUGCUAAUUAAUCAUGAAUGGUAAUUUUCAAUUACACUUAGAAUGUUAUAAUUUGUCCUACAAUAAAUCAAAUAAAUUAAUGCAUUAUGAGUUACUAUAAAUUAUUGACAGAUCAUUAGUGUUUUGCACUUUCAAUAUAUGAGCUUUUACUAGAUCAAAAUUUAUGUUUGCACACCAUUUAGUUUUAUUUUCUGCAUAAUUAUGCUUUUUUUUCAUCAGUAACAAACAUAUCAAAUCCCCAAAUGUUUUUAUUAAUACGUUCAGUAUAUUUCACAGAAGUGAAUUUAAUGUAUUUUAUUUUGUUUUGCAACAAAAAAAAAUAUAGAAUAUGUUGGGUUUGCUGUGAAGAAAUUAGUUAAUUCUCGUUUCACUCCGAAGAAUACUACCAAAAAUUCCGAUAUUUGCGUUUUGAUUUUAUAUCAAUGCACAUACAAAAAAAUUAUACUCAUAUUUAUCUACUUAAUCAUCUCACAUUUGCAGAAAAUUUUGAACCCAAAUUCUAUUAGUAAACAUCAAAAAUCAAUUGAUGUUUCUUAGCAAAUUUUAUCUUAAAAGUAUUCCCUGAUUUGUUUAAGCUUUACAUGGAACUAAAUAGUUUACUUGAAUGUAACACGUUUUACAAUGUUCACACACAGGACCGGAUUAAAAAGUAACGGGGUAAAAUUUUUGGACCCCCAGUAUUUUCAUACAAUUCUAAACAACAGAAAAAAAAAUACUAAAAAAAGAAGUUUUAUUUAAAUAACAUUUCUAUUUAGUCUUAAAUAGUUGUAAAAAAUAUUUUAUGGUUGAAACAACCACUUUUUGUACAUUCAGAUAAGUUAGAUUUUAAAUGAGCAAAAAUUUGGGGGCCCCUGACCUGGGCCUAGUUAGCCUGUACUAAAAAGAUACUCUGCCUGCAAAUCAGGUCUUGUUCAUACACAAUCUAAUUUAUUUUUCUCUUUCAAAAGUAAAAUUGACAAGUGGAAUGUCUGUAAAGCAGGUAUUAAAACCUGAUGGUUUGAUAUGUUUUAUAGUCACAUAACAAGAUUUAUAUAAAAUCAGAAAAACUUGGUAUGAUAAUGCAUCUUUAAAUAAUGGUAUGUUUUACAGCAGUUUUAUCAACUCCUUAUAAAAUGUAUAUCAUGUAAAUACUUGACAUUUGAAAUAAAAAAUGAACUUUUGCAUUUU